AUGGACUCAACUUCUGCAGCUCCGCUAAGCGAUGCCAAAGUCUUCAAGGAGCAACCUUCCAAGCACAGUGCAUUACCCCAACGCAACAUCUUCAACGUCGAUAUCGUCGACAGUCAGAGCGGCGCCCUUCAAGUACUCGACAGCCUCCAGCGAUCAGGUCCACUCCACUUCAAAGGCUGGGUUCCCAUCGAAGAGACCAAACACGCCAAUGCUAAGGACUCUGGAAAGUUCAUUUACAUCUUUGGCGAGAUUAUCGAAUGGACGCACCAAUUUGAUCCAGCACGUCCCAAGAGGCCAAUCUUUUGGCUGAAGUCGUAUGGAUCUGUCACAACAGUCUAUGAGCCAUACUUUACCCCUUUGGUGAAGGUCUGCUCGUAUCUCGAUGUGCUAGUUCAACUUGUUGUAGAGAUGAGGAUAAAGGACGACUUGAAGGUGCUCAUUCCGCAGGUUGCCGUCCUGCUUGCUGAGCCCGAGUCAAUGGUUUCACGGAUGCUUCAGAGGCACAGGAAACAACUAUUGGCAUUGGGCGCCAGUGACUCUAUUAUCCGAGGAUCGAACUUUUACAAGUCAUGGGCGGCACACCCAGCAGGAUCAUCAGGAAAAUCAAAAUUAAGUCAUUCACCUGGUGUAUUCGGGCAUGUGGAAUAUGAUACUUUUACAGACGACAUAGGAAAAAUCUCUGACAGUGAAAUCGACGCCCAGAGUCCUCACAGCAACCACUACCAAUAUCACUGCCACGUGGGUGACACCGACAAUAGCGACGUCAACGCCAACUCACCGCCACUUGUUGCUUCAAAACCCCUCCUACCGAUCGUAUCCUACGACAUGGCAGACCGCGAAGUCAUUCCAGAACUCGAAACAAAAGUAGAAACAUACGAGGAACUUCCAGCACCAUGUGCAGACGACUUUUGCUUCCUUCACCCCGUGUUCAAUGAUAUUACAUGCAACGCCAUCAGCACUGACAUGCGGUUACUAUCAAGCAAGAGAGUUCUGAGGACCUAUCUCGCUAAGCCGUGGAAGAGACCCGUCAGACCAAAGGCAUGGGAUGUAUCUGCCAAGCAACUCAACAUGGUUCGUCAAAUGCGAGGUGCUUCAAUGAGCUCGGUAACUCAAUUCUUGGAGCCUCUAGAGGCAAUACCAUCGACCACGCCCUUCCAUCAUCUCGCGAUCGAGACUACAGCCGAGAACACCCGAACAUCCCUCGUUCAAGAAACCAUUGCCACUUCAACAUCUUUUGUCAGGAAGAGUCCAAGUCCGGAGAGGUAUCAACGCUAUGAGCGGGACUCUUCGGGCUCGCCUGUUCACCGGAUACGGUUAAAACGCCGCGUGCCUUCGAAUGACAGCAAUCACAGUGGCAAUGAAGACGUCGGUCCUGGCAGGAAGCGGCAGGACGUUGGUCAUCCCUUGCGAACUGAUGUCUCAGAGGAUAACGAUGGCGCAGGAACGGAGAUGAGGACAGGGAGUGCUCAUGGUUCGAUGCGUCGAUCUCUGAGCCGAGGACGGGCGACUAUGAGGAGGAACGAGAUGCAGCCGACAAGGCGGAACAGUCGAUCUAGGAGCAAAGCCAGGCCAGACAUGAAUGCGACUGGGACAGCAUUGAGGCGAAGCGCGCGUUCACGGAGUAAACCCAGACCAUUUGGAAGUUCGAGUGUGAAUGAGAACCAGUCAUCAGGUCGUGCGCAAGGCCGGUCAAAGAGUAGUGGACGAUUCGACAACUUUGAUGACAGCUAUGCGGACGGGCAGUCGGGGCUAGGGUCUGAGAAAGGCGUGGAUAGUUCUGGUUAUGGUCCGGAGCCUGUCUACGAAGAAGUCACUAUACAUGAGCGCGGCCGAUCAAGGACUCCGAAGAGGAUAGAACGGGCGGUAAUUGGGUCAAACGUGAAGAGCGGUUUGAUCAGCAGGUUCUGGAAUGUCUAUCGUGCACCCUCUAUGCUUUUGGCAACGACGACGGUACCGAAGUUCAUGCGGUGCUACAAGUGCCAGGCGUUGAUAAGAUCGUCUGACGACCAUCGGUCGUGUAUGGAGCUGGGCAGCGAGGAAUUCCCCGUUGUUUUGACUGCUGAUGACUGCUGA